UGCAUAUAGCCAAGGUUUGAAUAGUAGAUUCAUACAAAAUGUCAUUUAUUUUCAAUUUUUGUUUUUGUUUAUAAAGGAGGUUAAAUAAUUAAGCAACAAAAUGGGGCACAUUGAUUUCGCUUCAUGAUGUAUAUUUUGAAAGGAAAUGUUCCAGUCUGGAAGCUGGAAUAGAGAAUAAAUGAAUCACAUCAAUCAAUGAGAGGAAGUUCUUUCUUGAUUGUGCCAUUCAAGUAUAACAUCAUCGUGCAGGUGAUUAAAUCCAAUAAGGUAAUAUUGGAUUAUACUAUAUCUCUUUUUCAUUAUUAUCAUUUAUUACUAUCAACCAUUAUUCUAGGAAACUACGUAUCUUUGAUUUUGCGCGUAUAUGUGAUUGAACUGUAAAAUUAUAUAAUCAUUUUCCAACAAGGAUUAUUAGGGUUUGAGUAGGGGAGAGAAAAAAAAAAAAACAAAGUGAGUUAAAAAUGGCUGAAGAGGAUUCGGUUGAAAUCAGGUUUAGGUUAAACAAUGGUUCUGAUAUUGGACCGUUUAAGUAUUCUUCUGCUGCCACUGUUGAUAUGCUUAAGCAAAGGAUUAUCUCUCAUUGGCCUCAAGGCAAAAGGUUCCCACCAUUGCCAAAGUCAGCAAAUGAAGUGAAAUUGAUCAGUUCUGGUAAAAUAUUGGAAAACAACGUGACUGUUGGUCAGUGUAAAAUACCAUUUGGUGAUAUUGAGGAGGAAGUUAUAACGAUGCAUGUCCAUCACCUUUCACCUCUACCAAAAUCUAAGGCUGGGAACAAGCUUGGCUGUUCUUGUUCGAUAAUGUGAAGACGAUCGAGUUCGAGAUGCUUUCAUCAAACAUGGAAGCACUUGUAGCUUCGAAGAUGUUUUGCAUUUUUAUGCUUUCUAACCAUUGAUUGCUUUCAUAUUCAUAUGCAUUUGAUAGUUCUUAGUACUACCGUUGUCAUUUAAUUA